AUGAGCAGCUCCGAGGAGGUUUCGUGGAUCUCGUGGUUUUGCGGCCUCCGCGGCAACGAAUUCUUCUGCGAGGUGGACGAGGAUUAUCAGGACAAGUUCAACCUGACGGGGCUCAGCGAGCAGGUCCCUCAUUACAGACAGGCCCUGGACAUGAUCCUGGACCUGGAGCCAGACGAGGAGCUGGAGGACAACCCCAACCAGAGCGACCUCAUCGAGCAGGCGGCAGAGAUGCUGUACGGGCUGAUCCACGCGCGCUACAUCCUCACCAACCGCGGUAUCGCUCAGAUGUUGGAGAAAUACCCAGGGGACUUCGGAUACUGCCCCCGGGUCUACUGUGAGAACCAACCCAUGCUGCCCAUCGGGCUGUCGGACAUCCCCGGGGAGGCGAUGGUGAAGCUCUACUGCCCCAAGUGCAUGGACGUUUACACGCCCAAGUCGUCGCGGCACCACCACACCGACGGCGCCUACUUCGGCACCGGCUUCCCCCACAUGCUGUUCAUGGUGCACCCCGAGUACCGCCCCAAGCGCCCCGCCAACCAGUUCGUGCCCAGGCUGUACGGGUUCAAGAUCCACCCCAUGGCGUACCAGCUGCAGCUCCAGGCCGCCAGCAACUUCAAGAGCCCCGUCAAGACCAUCCGCUGA